UUAAUGCACUGAUUUCUUUGUGUACAUUUAGCAUUCCUUUCGGAACAGAUAUCUCUUUGUAAACCUAGUUUUAUACUUUUAAACUUUUUUGGAUUUAACAGGUGUUUCGUGUGAUCUGAUAAUUGACACAGGGCUUCAUUUAAAGUAAUUUUCUGUACCGUUCAAAAAAUCUUUUUAAAGUUGAGAAUCCUUAGUUAAUUGAGUGAGAAUUUAUUUGGGAGAUGAUAGUUAACAAUGUGAUUUACCCGGUGUGUAUAUAAAAGUUGUCGGAUAUAAACAUAAGUACAUCUGUAGAAAAAGAAGUAUAUUAAGGAUAUCUUAACUCGGGUAAUAGAUUUGUUUUAAAGCAUAAUUAACCGAAAUGUAGGCUCAAUAAUACAGUGUUAAAAGGUAAGAAAUACUGACGGAGCAGAAAGGCUCCCAAGUUAAAUUAACAAAAAUUGAAAGAUUGUGAAUUGUGGGUUUGGGGAGUGUAUAAAAUUAAAAUGAAGGUUAAUAAAGUUGUGAACAAUUUGUCAGUAGUAAUUUAUAUACUUCUGGAGCUAUUAAAUAACGCAAUAUGUUCGGAGUUUUUCGCGGACAAUGGUAUUGGGCACCAGCAGACGAUCGUGAUUGAUCAUCAUCACAAACGGAAACAGGCCGAGGUGCAGGCCGAGAUUCUACAGUUACUGGGUUUGCACCAGCGACCUCACGUAGUGAAACACGGAUAUGACUAUUCGGCGCCAAAGUUUAUGAUAAGUUUAUACAAUUCAUUGCAAACUGCAGACGGCGAAGGAAUAACAGACGAAGUUGAGUUUCAUAGUAAAGUGAAUCUUACGUUAGGGAAAGCUAUUGAACAUAUUAACGGAACUGACGUCAUCAGAAGCUUUAUAAAUCACGCGGAUAAAAUUCCACAUCUACGUCACGAUAAAGAUGCGACAUUUUACUUUGAUACAAGCGACAUUUCAACGGCAGAACUCGUUAUGGGAGCUGAGUUCCGGCUUUACAAGGAGGCUAAAAAGUCCAGAGAUUCCAAUGUAUUGAUAGAAAUAUUCCGAAUAACACAGGGCCAGGAUCCAGAGGACAAGAGUCUUGAACCGGAAGCGAACAUGACGGUGCCCUGGGACUAUGAGGGUUGGAUCAACUUUAACGUAACCAGGGCAGUCUAUCUGUGGACAUAUCUACCUUACAUGAACCUUGGUCUAUAUAUGAAAGUUACAGUAUUAGCAAAAGAUAACCGUGUCAUAGACCCUGGUAAAGUUGGUAUUAUAGGGCAUAGGGGACCAGACGACAAACAAGCGUUCCUCGUUGGAUUUUUCAAAAUGGCGCGGGGUGAAUUAAAUUUACGUCAUCGGAGAUCCGCCGACCAAUCAGAAAACAGUACUCCAAACGAGGCUGAAAAUUACUAUUACUGGGGAAAAGGAGCGGAUAGUUAUUCAAUGGACUACAGAAAAAGUGCAUGCCAAAGACAUACAUUAUAUGUUAGUUUUAAAAGUUUAGGCUGGCAGGACUGGAUUAUCGCCCCUGAAGGAUACCCAGCAUUUUACUGUGGUGGCGAAUGCACUUUCCCGCUAGGGGCGCACAUGAACGCUACAAAUCACGCGAUCGUGCAGACGCUUGUCCAUCUAACGAAACCUUAUGUAGUUCCAAAACCAUGCUGCGCGCCGACCAAGCUGUCGGCCAUUCAAGUUUUAUUCUUCGACGAAAAAUCAAAUGUUGUUUUAAAAAGAUAUCCAAAUAUGAAAGUUAAAGCGUGUGGUUGCCAUUAGAAGAAAAAUGACACAAAAUUCAACUUAAAACAUGGAAUAUGGAAUGUCCUAUAAAACAGCGAACAAAUAAAGAUGGAAUAAAGGUUUAAAAUAAAUGGUUAUUUCACAGCGAAAUAUCUGACACACUGCUUGAAGAGAAUGAUAAAAUGGUAGAAACGACUUUAGCUCUUUCAAGGCAAACUUUAGAUGAACACGAGUUUCCAUAAAAAAGCUAUGCAAUAUUCAUUCAUACAUUAUUUACUUCAUCUAUGUCAUUUUGAUAGGUGAUAUUCUUAAAUUUAUUCAUAUUUUUGGACUGAUGAAAAAUCUUUGCUUUUUUGUGAUAAAAAAACACGAGAAAUGUAAAUACGUUAAUGCAAAAAUUGUCUCAAAAUAUUGUUGUUUUCUGUUUCACUGAAAUGUCAACACUUGUUUUUUGUACAGAAAUUUGUUAUCUUUUGUUACAUGCACCUUGAUAUAUGAUGUUUUGGCAUUUUGUGACCUGUACAUUUUGUUUUUAUCAUACUAACCACUGUCAGGUUAAUGUAUAGGGGGCAUGUAAUCACUCAAAAUUAAGUAUUACAGCAUUUGUUAUAUGCAUAUUUAAGGUAAUACAUCAAACUUGAAUUCGUCGUUUCUGCACUUUCUGUGACUAUUCAAGAUAAGGACAGAGUGUAACAACUGUCCACAUGUUUAUUUUGAUUCUGAGAAACGGAAACUAAGUUUUUUCUCUCAAUUUUUUUUGCUGAUUAGAAAUCUUUCAGCAUAUGGACGGUGCGAAUAAAAUGGUAAAUGUACAGUGUCUGGCAAAAUAAGAAAGAAAUGUAUGUACUUACACAUGACUGCGUUAACACCAUCAAUGUCUGACUUUUUUUAUUUUAUAAACAUGAAUAUGUAAAGAAGCUUUUGAAAUAGGUUUAUGGUUUUACUUGUACAUAAUUUGAUUUAUGAACAAUAUUUUUGUCAUUUCACAUAUUUAUCAUUUUGUUUUGUUUACUUCUAUUGCUAAUGCAUAUCACACUUGAUGAUAGCAGGCGUUUUCAUUAGCGUCAUUAAUAUUAUAAAGAACAUAUCUAUUUGUAGUGAGAAUAUAGAAUAUAUCUCACGGUUAGAUAUACGUUUAUGACUUAUAAGAGUAUGUUCCAUGUAAGUGUAACGGAUUUUAACGUGUUGACUCUAAAGUAUAACUGUUUGCAUGUAAAUUUAUAAAAUAUUCGUUUCAUUUAGUACUAAUUGAUGAAAUACUGUAAUUAGUUUUUUCCUAAAAAAUGCUUUAUAGUGUGUAAUAUACAGUGAGUAAUAUAUAGUGACUGGUGUACAGUGAGUGAUAUAAAGUGACUGGUGGAGAAGGAGUGAUAUAUAGUGACUGGUGUACAGUGAGUGAUAUAUAGUGACUGGUGUACAGGGAGUGAUAUAUAGUGACUGGUGAACGGCGAGUGAUAUAUAGUAACAGGCGAACAGUGAGUGAUAUAUAGUGACUGGUGUACAGUGAGUGAUAUAUAGUGACUGGUGUACAGGGAGUGAUAUAUAGUGACUGGUGAACGGCGAGUGAUAUGUAGUAACAGGCGAACAGUGAGUGAUAUAAAGUGACUGACUGGUGUAGAGUGAGUGAUGCAUAGUAAAUGAUGUACAGUGAGUGAUAUAUGGUGAAUGGUGAACAGUGAGUGAUAUAUAGUGACUGAUGUACAGUGAGUGAAAUAUUAUGACUAAUUUACAGUAAAUGAUAUACAGUUCAGUGAGGGAUAUUGAUUAUAUCUCACUGAAAGGUUACAAUAUUUCAUAAAUUAACAUUACACAUAAUUUAUCUAUCGUUCAUUUGCUUUCAGAUUUGAUUAUAUGCAUUUUCUAUUCCUUGAUCUGUCUUUCUGAUUUUUACAUUGUGCUAUGACUUUUCUGUUACUCCUGUAAUAAAUUUUAAAAAUUUAAAA